AUUUUAAUAAAAUAACGCAAAAAUUCAUCAUGGAAGUUAAGAAAACUUGCAUAAACCCUUUUGAGGUAUUCCCAUCUGAGCUUAUUCUUGAAAUUACCUUCAAGCUACCACCUGAAGAUAUUGUUAACCUCUGGGACUCAUCUGGUCUCUGGAAAACUCUCUUUGUGCUGUCAAACAACAGUCUCAGAAACUACACCUACCAGCAUUUAGGCAUUGAAGGAAAUCUCAAAGCUGAGAAAGAGAUGUAUUCUGAGUAUAAUGACAUUGCUAACUCAAUGAUUGAUGGUAUACAGGAACAACUUGACCAGUCAGAUGGCUACUAUGACCAACUUUCCAAUUGUAUCAAUACUUUAAGAUCUAUCACAAAGUCUAAAAAGUUCUCAUUAUUGCUCGAAGGGUUCUACACAGAUGGAGGUGUCUGCUUAGAUUUAGAGAAAUUUGAAGUGUAUCACUGAUUCACUCCUACAACUGAGAAAGUGUUUAGUUCUACUCUUUCAUGACCAAUCGCUGUAUCAGCGAUUCAUCGACCAAAUUAUGAUCAUGACACUUGGAAACUGAUCCAAGAGAGGAUUCAAUACUUCAAGAAGUUCAUUAACUUUAUGAAAGAAGAACACCCUCAUGCUGAUGAAUACACUUUACUAUUCUGGUUCUUCGAGCAAAUAACUGACGAGCCAGAAACGAUCAAGUACAAAAUUGAUAAAGCCAUUAUUAAAGGCUACAUUGAUUACCCACCUUACAGAGAAGUUAUAAAGGCACAGCAUCCUCGCAUAAGAGAGGCCCAGAUUAAGAACAAGAUUGGAGAAGAGAUUCUACACUUCUACUACGCAUUUUGCAAUGCUUACAAGACAAAAGUGCAUGAAAGCAAACGAGACAGACCCAUUCAAGGAAUAGACACCAUCAACACUGUUGAAUACAAUAUCAAUUCCAUACUUACAACCCAUCAGGCCUUGUCAUACUAUGCUUGUUUUGACAGUCUCAGGAUCAUUAGGCCAGUAGACUACACAAACCCAACCAAGACCUUCGCUAUUUUCCUCCACAACCAGAAAUUGACUGAUUAUGAGAUUCAAGAAUGUAAAGAAUAUUUCAUCAACUUCGAAGAUUACCUCGGUGAAUUCAAUCCUAAACAAACUGCAGACUUCGAAACCCCAGAAACCAAUAUGACAGUGCACGAAAUUGAUCAAAGCAAGCUCUUCGAUCUUGAGGAUCAAGAGUGGACAAAGCCGUACAGACCAUUGUUGCUGGCAAGGUUUACAACCAGACAAGGACGUCAUUCUUACAUCAACUUUAAGCAAGGAUUUGUGAGUAGCAGGUUCGUUACAACAAUAUUCUUGGAAUGUGAAAACCUAUCCAAAGAAGUGAACAGGAGCUAUGACCCAUCUACAAAUCUUGACAAUGCAUCAAUUCAGGUAUAUGGAUUCAGUAUUCCUUCACUAAUAUUCUCUGAAUAA